CUGGCCAACUCAUGAGCCUGCAAAGAAAGCCUGAGCUGUUUGGGAUGCUCAGGAAAGGGCCACCCUCAGUGCCCGCAUUCCAGACACGGAAGGAGCGACCACAGCAAAGGCUGUUGGGCCAGCACCAAAGAAGCCUAGGCCGGAGAGGAAGCCCACACUGGUAGCCUGCUCCGACCUCUCUCCCCGAAAGGCUCUCCCUCCUGCUUGAAUGGCUCCUGACAACUGAAUUGCAUCUUGGCUGGCGAGGAUGGAUCCGACAUCGUUACUUCCACUUGUUGUCACCCCUGACCCCCGGGGCUUUAAUCAGGGGACCACAGAGCCCAGUGAACCUGCUUUGGACCCUUGCAGCCUCCUAUCUGAAAGACACUAUGAAGUUGUGCCCUGUGUGAUCUGUGCUCUCUGCUGCAUUUUUGGAGUUGUUUACUGCUGCUUUGGUUACCGCUGUUUCAAAGCCAUCAUGUUUCUCUCAGGUCUCCUCUUUGGCUCGGCUGUGAUCUUCUUGCUCUGCUACAAGGAGCGCAUCUUAGACACUCAGCUCAGCCUGGAGGUCAGCGCCGGCAUUGCCCUGGGCAUUGGAGUCCUGUGCGGCUUAGUCACUAUGCUGGUGCACUCGGUUGGGUUGUUCCUGACUGGGCUUUUGCUUGGCUUGCUCGUGGCCACAGCUGGGCUGGUGGCCACUGAGCCUCUCUAUGAACUGCCCAGCGUGUGGGUCCCUGCUGGAUCUCUGCUGGGCUCAGCCCUCUUGGGUGCUGUGGUGGCCUUGCGCUGGCAAAAAGCCCUCACGGUGGUCUCCACAGCAGUGUUUGGGGGUGCUGUGCUCACCCUCUGCUUGGACUAUGCUGUGGAGAGCCUGGCUUUGGGCCGCCACGUAUAUGACCGCCUACGCCUGGCGCCUUCUCCCCCGCUCUGCUGGUGCGGCUGGGCCGUGCUGGCCACCUGGCCUUUCCUGGCCGUGAUGGGAGUGCUGCUGCAGUGGAAGGUGACUGCGGAAGGAUUUUCCCACACGGAUGUGGUCCUCAAUCGGAGACAGAAGCAGCUGCAGCUCUUGCGGAUUCGGCAGCGCGAAGCCAAGAAGAGGCAGAGCCAGGCGCCGCAGGAGGGCUCGUACCGGCAUAAGCCCAGUGCUGUCAAGCGCUGUGCAGGAGAUGUCCUCGCACCAAGUUACAUCCAGAGCCUGCGUGACCGCCAGCAGCUGGGGACCGGCACAUCGCUAAGCAGCCUGAGCGCCAAUGCUCAUACCACCGUGGACCUGGAUUAUGACUGUGGUUCCACGGUUCCCCUCACCACACCCCGUGGCUGCCUCUGAAAGGGAUGGUUUCUCCUUCCACUUGUGCCUUAACUAGAGAUGUAGGCAAGAGCUCAGCUCUGCUCUAGAUAUUUUAUCCUGUGCAGCCGCUGGUAUGCAAACACCCUCGGCUAGUCUGCUAUUUUUUUAGUCUGUUUUAAUGUUCAAAACAAGUGGCUCCAAUUCCCUGCUCCGUUGGCAGGACAGGGCUCCAGGCCAUGAUGACUGUCUCAAAGCAGGAGAAAAGGGAUUAAAAACAAAAACAAAACACCACACAUUAAUUUAUUGCCAAUUAAGUCAAAUGAAGGAAGAAAAUCACCUUCCUCUGCAGGGUACCCACAGCUGCCUUCCAAACAAUGCUGGCAUGAACUGGCUACUCUUGGGUGGCUGACCUUAACUUUUAAGCUACUUUAGUGCCAGCCCUUUCCUGGGCGAAAUUAAGCCAUAGACUUGCCCCCUUCUUGGAUAAUGGGAUUCUUUGCCCCAGUUUGCAGCAGAUCUAGACCACACAGUGCCAAGUGCCUGUGGGUCUAGGUAAACUCCCCAUUUAGAGCCUUUACCUCUGGGGCAAGUCAGCUAGGAGGUAACUUGAUGUUGUUCUUUGCACUACAAAUGGAUGUGGCAAAAUGCUCUGGUUUGUGGUGCCUUUGCAACAUUUUGCACCUUUUUUUUUUUUGUCCCAUAAAAGACAGGCCCUUGUGAGGAUAUUCACAAUUUAGUUCCCUUGUCUGUCUUCCUGGAGCAAUGUGGUUUGCUUUACUUAUAUAGGGAAGUUAAGUUCUUGGGCUUUCUCCCUUAAUCCAAGUUAGUAUGCAUACUCCUAAUUGUCAUUCAAAGUGCCUUUUUCUAGUCUGUAGAGAGCCUUAUCUGCACUGAAGUGGUUUUCAGCUUAAUUUGACAAUGGUGCUUUUAAGACUAUGUAGACGAUGAUUUAAACUGAUCCUCCCCGCCCACCCUCCCUCCCACUCACACUCCUAACUGUAGGCUAACUACCCAAAUUCCAAAUCCUGAACUAUUAAUCUGAAUUCAGUGUGUAUGCACUGGGUUAGAAUCUUGUCCAAGAGGUCACUCUCUUUGUUAUAGUAGAUUGUUUUCCUGUGGAUUUUUUGGUUACUGUUCAUAACUUCUGUUUAUAAUACUUAACACAGAUACAUUUGUGCAA